AUGGAGGAAGAAAUCACUGUAGAAAUGGAGAACAACCCAUCGAGACCGGAACGUACAUUACGGCCAAUAGUGUACGCUUCUUGGUUCCUUGGUGUCGGUGUCGCCCGUCCAAGUAAGUGUCCGAAACCGAUCACCGUGAUCCUUCGACUGUUCCAUUUCGGUGUCUGCACGGUGAUCGUCGCGUUCAGCGCGAUGGACUUCGCGAACUUCGGCAAAGAGUUCACCAGCAAGCUUUUCGAGAUCAUGUACUGCAUGAACGAGACUGUCUGCCACGUAUCCUCUUAUUAUUACGUCUAUCACGUGAUGCGACACUACGACAAGUGGCCGGAAUUAAUGAGGAUGAUGGAGUCGUUGGACGAUCACAUCGGGAAAGAACUACCGAUUAACGACAACGGUGUCAAAAUCAGACAGAUCCUAGCUAUCCUAACGGUCUGUCUAUUCGGCCCUGUAUCCCUAACUGUUCACGUUCUCUACUAUUUCUUCACCGAUCCGGAACAGAUCUUCGCGUCCGAUCUGCUGCUCUAUUACACGAUCGCCCAGACGUUGGCGAACAGUUUCGUCUACGACAUCGUUGUGUACAUGAUCUGUUUGAGAUUCAGAACCAUCAACGAGACGAUCAAGGGGUUGGACGAACGAUCGGGGGCCUACUGGGCUGCCCUGAAGAUCAGGAGGAUCAGGAAGCUGCACAAUGAGGCGUGUACCGUAAUAAUGACAGUGAACGACAUUUACGGUGUGGACAUGUUACUAUGCUCGACGAACUCGUUCAUAAUGGUGGUCGCGAAGCUCUUCAGGAUCUACAUGAGCGCGGCAGAACAGAAAAACGGAUUUAUAUUUCUGAACAACGUGAUCUGGAUGAUCUACGGGUGGCAGUUCAUAGUUAUGUGUUGGGUCUGCACGCUGACGCAUCGGGAAAUAAAUAAAAUCGGACCGUACAUCGGUGAAUUCGUGCUGAACGCCCAACACUCGACGAAAUUUAACAAGAUGGCCGCGUUUAGAAAGUUCCGUUACAAGGGAGGAACACCGUUGAACAUCUGCGAGGAUCAAUCCGCCAUGAACCUGAACGGUUUCGGGAUGGAAAGUCUGCUGCGUACAAAUUUCGAGCGUGAUUGCGUUCGAAACGAGGCGAACGAUUUCUCGUUACAGUUGCAACAGCAUCGCGUCAAGUUCACCGCUUGCGAUUUCUUCGAAAUGGACAACUCCCUGCUGACAAGAUUCAUCAGCGUGAUCACCACGUAUUUGAUCAUUCUUGUACAGUUCUACAAACCGGAUGGUCUGUAA